UCCUCUUUGCUAAACAUGAGGAAAUUGUUGUGUGAUAUUUUCUGAAGAGAAAUCACGAAUAAUUGACGAUUAAUUUGAUUGUUUUGUUUAAUUAAGUCGACAGAGAUGAGCAGUGAUGAUGAAACUGUGGAACUGUUGGAGAAAGAUAAAGAUCGGACUCAAAUACGUGAGGAGCUUUCCCACAUGAGUUUCGAGGACCUGCAAAAGCUCAAAGAAAAAUUAGGCUCAAAGGUCUACAAUGAAGCGAUUUUCGGUGCUAAAAGCGUCAGAAAAACGGAUUUUAAACGAGAGAAUAAAAAUCGCCCGAGAGAGAUGUCUGCGAAGAAGCCAGUCUCCAGAUUCAAAGAAGUUGUCCACGUGAAGAAGCAAGAGCCCAGGGAUCCCAGGUUCGAUUCCCUCUGUGGAAAUUUCGACGAAAAAGCCUUCAAGAAUUCGUACAGUUUUCUAUUUAAACUCAAGGAGAACGAUCUCAAGGCUCUGAAGGAGGAGCUCAAGACCUCUGAGAAUCCCAAGGAGAUAAAAAAAAUAAAAUAUCUUAUCCAGAGGAUUGAGAAUCAGCUGAGGGAGCACUCGAGGAGGAAGCAGAGGGAAGACAUUCAGAGUGCGGAGAAAAAGGAAAUCGUUGAGGCCAUUAGGACUGGGGAAAAACCAAAAUUCAAGAGAAAAUCCGAGAAGAAAAUAGUUAAUCUCGUGGCGCAGUACGAGGAGCUUAAGAGCACUGGGAAACUCAAAAAACACAUCGAGAGACUUCGGAAAAAACGUCUUGUUAAAGACAGAAAGAAAUUUGAGGCCUCGGAACUCUGAGGGAAAAUUUCCCGCAGAAAAUUCGAGUAAUCCGAUUUUUUUUUCUUGUACAUAAAUUGAUGGAGAGUAUUCAUGAUUUUUUUCGACGAAUUUCGAAUAAAGU